AUGGCUGAGAAGAACUUGUCAUGGUUCUUUGGGCUAUUUGGCCGGCAUGCACGUAAUGAGAUGGUUUGGCGGGACAAGGUUACCUCGACUGUUGAGAUUAUUCUAUUGGCAAAGAGUGGUAAGUUUGAGGCAACUAGUGUUGCUCGUGAUCACUCCGGCAGGUUUCUUGAAGCUUUUAUAGUCUGUCAAAUUGGUCGAGUGGAUGCAGCUAAGGCUGAAGUGGUAGGGGUUAAAGAGACUUUGAUUUUGGUACUUGAUGAAUGCUUUCUCAUUGAGUUUUUCCGCAGGGGCAACAAUGUGGAGCUUCGAAAAUCAGAUGAUCCCAUCUUGGGGGUGAAUUGCAUGAUGGCAUCUCUCUACGAUGACUUAGUUUUGUUGGAAAACCAAAUACCUUGGUUGGUGCUUGAUUGUUUGUUUCAAAAGAUUGUGACUACUCCAGAAGUAGUAUCAAAGGAUGAGCUCCCUUUGACAACACUUGUCACAAAUUUCUUCAGUGGUUGGUGGUUCUCUUCCGAAGUAGAUAAUAAUUAUGAAGAAAUUCACAAAUGUGAAAACAAGCACAUUCUUGAUCUAUUGAGAAACAUAUUGGUGUUACCUUCAACUAAAGCAAAACAAAAACCAGGACAAAGAUUGUAUUGGAAAAUGAUGACAGCUACAAGCCUACAAGAGGCGGGAAUUAAGUUGAAGAAGGCAAAAAGUGGUAUUACUACUACUAAGAUCUCUAGUAUUUUGGAUAUUAAAUUCAAGGAUGGUAUCUUGGAAAUUCCCCAACUAAGUCUUCAUGGUGUCACUGAGACUUUGUUUGGGAAUCUAAUAUGCUUAGAACAAUGUCUCUUUUCUGGCAAUGAAGUGAUCACUUCAUACAUGGUAUUUCUGAACUAUCUCAUUGAUAGUGCCAAAGACGUGGAAAUAUUAGUAAACAACGAUAUUAUGGAAAAAUAUAUGGAGAUGAACGAUGCAAUCAUAUUUUUCAAUCGAAUCACCACUGAUACCAUAAGUGAAGAUUAUUAUAUUGAUAUUAUUGAUGACAUAAAUAAAUAUUGCGGACAUAGAUGGCCAAGAUAUCGAAGAGUGCUUAAUCGUGACUACUUCAAACAUCCCUGGGCACUUAUUUCAGUCUUAGUUGCACUUACCCUUCUCAUUCUUGCUUUCCUACAGACUCUAUUUACUAUCAUAAAAUAGUCAACUAUAUAUAUAUACACACAUUACAUGUCAUCCCUAAAGUUUUAACUUACCAUAAAUUGUGUGUGCUAUUUAUUAUUUUACUGUGAUGUAACUUUUAUGUUUUGCUUUAACAACAAAGACUCUGUAAUUCACUAUUUCAAAAAUAGGCUUAAUUUCACUAUGCACUAGUAGUAGCACUAGGCUUAACUUUUUCUAUUUUUUUUCUAGUGCUACUUUUUUUUUUUUCUAUUUAGUUUUGCCAUAACUCAAAAUGCGUAGGCAAAGGUCAUUAUAACACAUAAUAAAUAGAAAAAUGAAAUCAAUUUGCUAUGGAGAUUAUCAGUCUAUAUUAAACAGUUCAGUGAAAGAGAAAUCCAAUGAUACAUAAAUUACUAUGAGAUCAUCUCCCUGAAAUUGGACCCAACUUUUUUUCAGGGAUAAAUUUAAUCUUACUCCAAUCUGCACCUUUGCCCACUUCCAAUCUCCUCAAUAACAUGUUACAGUCCUUAAUCUCAAGUGUCUGAAUUUGAACUCUACUGAAAUUUUCAGGUAGUUCUUUCAAAAGGGGGCAUACACCAAACACAAGUUUCUCAAGCUUUUUGAACUUUGUGAUCCAACUUGGAAUUUCUUUGAUAGGACACCGCCAAACCUGUAGUUCUUGUAAGCUCAAAACAUCUUGGAGCUUAGAUGGAAGAGUAUCCAGUUCCUUAAUGCAGUCAAAUCUCAAGAACCGUAGUUUAUUCAAAGUCGACCAUGGAAUAUCAUCUUUGAAGUCUUCAAUGUCUACAAUACAUAUACUUUCCAAAUUGGAAAAAGGAUUAAGGGAUGUUGUUGCUGCUGUUGUUGUUGUUGAUGAUGAUGAUGAUGAUGAUGUACAACGGUUCAUUGUCAUAUCGAGCAGCUUCCAGCUAGUCCUGUCCAUAACUAGACCUUCUUUUAGAUCUGGAAAGCGUGGCAUAGAAGACAGCUUCGGACAAUUUUCAAUAACAAGUUUAGUUAAUGAAGGCAACACAUUGAUGUAAUUGUAUUCACACCAUCCCUGUAGCUUAGGCAGAUCUGUGAGCCAGAGUCUUUCUAGGCUCGAAAAUAGAUUUGGAUUGUUUGUCGAUGAAAAGAAUAAUUCAUGACCAACCAAAAUGUAUUCUAGAUUGUCAAGAUAUUCUAGGACUAACACCUUCAGACCAUGAAUCUGAUGAAUAGCUUGUAGAUUUUUGCAAUUUGAGCAUCUGCUUAAUGAAAGUUUCACUAGCUUACUUGAAAAUUGGGAGCUAGGACAACGCACUAUAACACCCUUGAAUCCAUUAAUAGACAAUUCUUCAAGAUAAGAAAGUAGAUUAUUGUGAAGAGGUAGCUCCCCGUAUACAGACUUGUUCCAUUUAUCGACUCUCCAUUCUAAUGACAAGGAUUGAAUUUCAGAUGGUACAGCCCUCAAAUACUGGAUUGCUGUUUCUUCAUGUCUCAAGUUUUUAAGUCUCAAAUUUUUUAUUUUGAACUGUUGUAUGAGCUCGCUUGAUUCUGGCAACAUCUUCUUUUCCUUUAUGCCAUGUUGCUGCCGAGAGGAGGAGGAGGAUGAUUCUACACUUAAUACAAGUUGUGAUAACUCCUUAAGAUGACUGAGGUUUUUGAUUUGUGGCGAAAGAUUAGCCAAAUUGUUGCAUCCAUCGAUCUCAAAGUGUCGCAGAUUGACCAGAUUAGUAAAGUCUUUCGGCAGCUUUUCCAGCUUAAAACAUUUAGAAAGUAUCAAUGUUUGCAAAUCGAUAAGUUCUGUAAUGGAAUUAGGCAACAUUGUGAGUUCUUCAUUCUCCGAAAGAUCAAGAUACUUCAAAAGUUUCAACUUUCCAAUAGAAUUUGGCACUAUUUCAAGUCCCGAAGCUUGCAUAUCUAGUGCCAAUAAAAAUCUGAACUUGUAAGUUAUUUUUUCAAAGAUUUUUCCAACACCAAUUCCUCUGUAUAUUCGCCUUGAUUGACCCGACAAAAAAAUCGUCCUCAUCUUUUUCGCAUCAAACAUGGUAACAUCUUCUGUUGAAGAUGGAUCAAAAUUGAAACACGCAUGGAAAGUUUUACUAUUUUUCUGACACUGAGCAGUAUCUGCUGCUGAAUCUAACAAUCUGCACUGGUCACCAGUUACAAGUAUUGCAAGAUCAUACAUCAAAUUAUGGAGUUUGCAUUUCGUCACCUGCUUUGAUCCCUUUGAGUCUCUUUCCACCACUUCCAAGAAGUAUCUAUCAAUUAAAUCCACAACAUACUGAUAUCCAACAUCCUCCAUAGAUUUCUCCUCUGAUUCUUCAAUAACAAUAAAGCCUUGCGCCAUCCACAGUUUGAUCAGCCUCUGAACACCAAUCACGUGACGUUUCGGAAAUAAGCUACAAUAAGCGAAACAAUGCUUUAAAGGAGAAGGAAGAUCAUCAUAACACAGCUUCAGUAAUCGCAAAACCUCACCAGCUUCUUCAUUUGAUGAGUAACUUGCUGUAAAAGGAAAAAGAUUAUGCAAGUUGCAGUCCUCCUCCUCCAUUUUCGAAAGUUCUUCUGUAUCGAAAUCUUGCAACUGUUCAACAGUUAUUUUAGAUCGUAACAUGCUUCCUAUUGCUUUUAUAGCAAGACUAUCUCCACCACCACACCUCUGCACAAUCUUAUUCCCAAUGCUCCUGCGUAUAAUAAUCUGUUGCUGCUGCUGUAGCAAAGCCAUAGACCCACCUCCGCUCUUCGAUUCAAAAGCAAUUUUUUCAAAUAAAACCAACGACUCCUCUUGGUUUAAAUAGCUAGUCGGAGAAGAUUCGCCUCUUCUUAACCUGUGUACUUCUUCUUCUUCUUCUUCUGCUGCUUCUGCUUCACUACUAAUCUUUUUCAAAUCAAAAUCUUUUCUCCCAAUUGCAAUACCAUCUAGUCUCUUCAUAACUUGUUUUAUUUCCUGAGAAUAAGUACUAGUUCGUACCUGCGAUGGGAAACUCUUCUUCUUCUUCUUCUUCUUCUUCUCAAUUUCAAUCUCAGUAAGAAGGUUAUCGACAUCAUAGAGAACAUCUUCAAGAUCCGUGAGCCAGUAUCUGAUACAGAGGUCACGCUGACUCUUUUUCUCUGCAUCUAGAAGCAGAGGAGCAAGCUUUGAAACGGUCUUUGCAACUCCCCCAAGAAGGCCUUGUUGUUGAUGAGGACCCAACAAAUGCAGGACGCGUUUCACAACGAGGGAAAGAUUUCCUGCUGCCAUUGAUGAUUAGACUGAACUGCAAGAGAAGAAUGCUGAAAGUUUGCGAGAGAAGUUUAAAGGUAACAGUUUGAAU